CAGAAACGACAGCCUAACGGUUUCCCAGGACGGCCGCGCGUCGUGUGCUCUAGAAAAGGAAAGCUGGAAAAACGCCAGCAGCUAACGCCAGAAACGCUGCUGUCACAGUUUCCACCUAAGUCGAAGGAAAACAAGUCAAAAGGCUCGCUCAAGUGGCAGUUGCUUUUUUUGGGCCAAGCCAGCGGAUCGGACCACUAUGAGCGACUUAGGAGCCCGGUAAUGAUGAUAGCAUGACGCGUGACGGCGAAAUUCCAGCCAUUUUCAAUCCGAAACGGGUGCGCACUCCUUCCGUGGUGGUCACCGGCGACUCGUCGACGAAUGGCCCCUACAGCACUAACCAAACCGGCGGAGGCGGAGGUGGCGGACCGGGAGCCUGCAGCAGCACCUCAGCCGUCGCUCCUGGCGUCCAGUCCGCUCAAAAUGGCAGUGGCACCGGGGGAACGGGCAGCUGCGGCUUCAGCAACGUGCUCACCUCGAGCAACCCGCAAAUAACCCACCAAGACUCGAUCUCUUCGAGCCAACAGGACCCCAAUGAGGUGAUCAUCAUACCGGCGGACACGCCCACAAGUGCGCCGGGUAGCCACAGUGCAGGCCAUCACUUUGGAGGCGGCGGCGGCGGCGGCGGUGGCGGAGACUCCAGCGACACGCAGACGGAGCAGCAGCAGGCUAAUGGCCAUGGGGAGGAGCCGGAGCUGCGGUUCCGGAAGCUGCAGGCCUGCAAGGAGUCCUGCUGCUCUGAGCUGGCCCGCAAGAUGUACUUCGGCGUGUGCGUGACCAUCCUGAUGACCGCCUCGUGGGUGGGGGCCACCCACUGCAUUAAGUACAUGUACAAGUACCGUGCUCCGUACGACGACCUGCUGAACGACGACCAGGACACGUCCUCGAGCCGUGCCGAUCUGAGCACGGAACUGGAGGACAUACUGGCCAUCAGCGACUCGUCGCUGCACCACGUCGAGGACGCCACCGAGAUGUUCAACAUACCACCGCGCCAGCCGGUCUAUUUCAGCGCCCCCUUCUUCGCCGCCUGGUUCUUUACCAACUUCUCACUGCUCUUCUUUCCCAUCUACCUCCUGGGUCUGGUCUCCACGCGCAAGUGCGAGAAGCUGAGCGAUAUUCUCGGCGAUGUCCUGCGAGGAUUCCGGGAGCGCGGCUUUACAGUUGGUCGCUUCCUCAAUCGCUGCCUCUGCUUCUGCAUUUUGUGGCUGGUCACCACCUACCUGUACACACUCUCCCUGCACGUCCUCUACGCCACGGAUGCCCUGGCUCUGUUCGCCACCAACGUGGCCUGCGUGUACCUGCUGUCCUGGGUGAUCCUGCAUGAGCAGUUCGUGGGCGUGAGAAUCGUGGCCAUCAUCCUCUGCGACACGGGAAUAGCGUUACUGGCCUACAUGGACGGAAUCACGGAAAGCCGAACCCUCAGCGGCGUCGUCCUGGCCACGUUGGCCGGAGCAGGCUAUGCCGUGUUUAGGGUUAUGUUCCGCAAGGUGAUGGGCGAUCCGCCGGUGAGCCAAAUCGCCUUCAUAUUCACCGCCCUCGGCUUCCUCAACGCCCUGCUGCUGUGGCCCGUUGUGCUGGGUCUCUACCUGACUGGCACGGAGAGCCUCACAUCGGAGAGCAUACCCUGGAACCUGCUGUUCGCGGCGAGCCUCCUGCUCCUCGUUUUCCACGUUCUGAUGCAGUUCAGUGCCGCCGUAACGUACAACAUGUUUGUGACAUUGGGUCUGAUUACCGCUGUGCCCGUUUCUGGAGCACUCGAUGUCAUACUGUACAGUGCAAACUUUGCGGGCAUGAAGCUGGCCGGAGUCAUUCUGAUUGGCAUUGGAUUUUUCCUCGUUAUGUUCCCCGCCAACUGGCCAGACUAUAUAACGCGAUUGUUGCGAAAAAGCGUUCGUGCCAUACUCCGCUACCAAUGUUGUUGUGAAUUAGCCGAAAUUCGCUAUGCUCAUUCGAAGCAUCAUAAUGCUGGGUCACAAUGCGAGAUGGGGUCGCGGCCCUCGGAGCGGUACUUCAACAGGUCAGCAUCCCACCAUUAUCGACUAUCGGACGGGAUACAUAAGGUCCCAUCUUCGUUCACCCUCUGGCCGUGUGAGAUGACUGAUCUGUCGCCGACCACCACUGGGUUUCUACAUGGCCAUGGCGGCGCCAACGCACAGCAUCACCAGCAACUUUUGCACCACCAACAGCAGCAUCAGCAUCAGCAGACCCACCAGCAGCACCUCCAGCAGCAAUACCACCACCGUCAGCACUCGCUCCACCAGCAGCACCUGCAGCGCCAGCACUCGCACACCUCGCUGACCAAGAUCCACCGCCAGAGCAGCAGCCACAGUGUCCACGGUGGCGGUGGUGCUGGUGCUGGCCGGCCGGAGCACCACCGGUCCCACACCGGAGCCACCGGGCGGCUCUUCUCCUACUUCGGCAACGAGCAGGAGCACGAGCGCAAGAAGUCGGAGACGUCCUUCUUCAAUCUCGGCUUCCGGCGGAAGUCCACCGUGGUCUACUACGCUCCGUCGGAUUAGAGGCGUCUCCUUGCUAAGGCAUAUCGAAAGCAUCUAAGCAAGAGCAUACAAUCAGAUUUAUUAGUGGUUUAGAUCGGUCAUAUUUUACUUGUGUGUCAUUAUAUCAUAAUUAUUGUCGUCGUUGUUGUUGAUGUAAAAGUUCAAUCGGAUCGCAUGCAGUUACAAUUUUGCUCAAAUAUAACACAUUUAAAGGCUACAGUUACAGUUAAACACCAGCACGGAGAUUAGAAGCUCCUCAGCAACAAAAGAAUAAGGAAUCCAUGACCAUGAACAUGCCCCUGCCUCGCCUUGAAUCUCAAUGUCAAUACAGAAAGAUGCAGAAACCCAAAAAAGAAGAGAGCCCGCGAAUCGAGCUCAAAAGUGCCCCGAAAGUUAACUAUAUACGGUUAUAAUUUAAUACUCAUAAUUAUUACGAAAUUGUGUAAGGAAUCGAAGCCAAUUGUUUUAGCAAUUAUAUACAUUAAUUAUAAAGGCAAUGAAUAGUCAAAUAUUUUAAAGUGGAUUCACUCAACGGCACACCUUAAGAAGGGCAAGAUAACGAAAAAACGAACAAGAAAAUCCAAGAUAUUUAAGGAAAAUAGUUGAUAGACGUCACCGAGAAAAAUUCAAAGUUCACCCGGCUAGGAAACCCAUUAAACUGUAAGCUCAUCUAGCGACUAGAUCCAAAUGGUUUUUCAUUUAAACUUAACGUUAACUGUGGAUCGGACUUUUGUUAAAGAUUUUUAUUUGAACGUGAACUGAAUGUGAACCGAGUCAAAAACGAAUCGAAGUAUUAGUAUUUUUUAAAUGUUUAUGUGUUGUUCGUAAUUUGUAAUUGAAAGUGUUGUAGAGUCGAAAUGAAUCAACGAGGAUACUGUUGUAUUAACGCGGCCGCCUCUCGUUUGAACCCCAAAAUGGGAAUCCCCAAAAUGGGACAUUCAGAUCAGAGUUGUCGCCUGUUAUAUGAACUAAGUUGUGUAGCCACAUCCAAUAAUUGAUUUGUGAUAGUUUUUAAAAAUGUUUGAUAACCAACUGCAUACACUACAUACUUUUACCUACCCGCCCACAAGAGAGAGGCAAUGGUAUAGCUGGGAUGUAUUUAGAACACACGAAAACCGAACACGAAAUAAAUAGUUAAAUAAAAGCUAAACUG